GAAUCAGCCGUCACGACACUUUGGCAGAAGUUUCCCCCAGAGGUCCAGAAGGAACUGAGCGAGGCAGGUUUCCAAGCAGGCCGGCAGCCGAGUCCGCCUCCAGGCCUCCAGUCUGGAAAAGGCAACGGGGCAAAGGGUGGGCUUGACGAGCAGGCCGAAGCCUCUAAGAACCUGUGGGACUCUGCGUCUGAUGAUCAGAAGAAGCUGAUGCGCCAAGCUGGCAUCCCUGAGCCGGUUGCGUCGGAGCCAACAGACCUUGCGGCCCUUUGCAAGAAGCACUUGGAGUCAAUGCCGCCUUCGAUCCAGCAAGCCCUUGCAGCGCUUGAUCCUCCGGCCCCCACGCAGACUCAGCAGAUUGAGAUUGCAACUCGUCGCUUUAAGCAGAGCACUACGGACUUGCGACAGAUGAUCCAGCAAACUGCUGCCUUACAGAUUCGCAUAGACCGCGCCAAAGCAACCUACCAGGAGCUGCUUGAGAAGAUGAAGGUUUGCCAAUCUGAAUUGCAGAGCAAACAAGCUGAAGUCACGGCUAUGCAGUCGGAGUUGGAAGCCACACUCCGUGCUGAUGCUUCGGGUCUGGAGGACCCCGCGCGCAAGGACGAUCCCUUGGAAGGGCUUCUAGAUACGCUUGCCAAAGUUGGAAUUGUCCUGACCCAGGAGCAGAAGGAGCUUUACGAGGAGGCCCAGCGCGGCAAGCAUAAUGAUGGGCAGCAGAUUUUGGAAGUUGAAGCCACAAACCAGCCUGGUUUGACGGCUCCGACCCGUGCCCCGCUGAGCCAAACUCUGCCAGAACACAAGGGCACUGUCCCUGUGACCGGUGCUUCUCCAAUCUCUGCUUUUGUGGCCACAACCUCAGCAACGGCAUCUCAAGUUGAGGAGUUUCCUCGCUUACAGGCGUCGGGGAGCCAUGCCGAGGUGCCACCUUUGGCAAGCCCACACAGCCAGUGGCGAACGCUCGAAGGCCAGGUGUGGGAGGCUGUCCAGAACCCAGAUCUGUUGGGAGCAACUUCAGAGGUGGUUGGCCACCUUCUUGAUCAGGUUGAGCAGGGCAGCUUAGGUUGGUGGCUGUGCCAGGAGAUCUUGGCCCUCCAACGUUCUUUUGACUUAACUUUGCUCUUGCUUGUUGCUCGGGGCUUUGAAGUUUUGUGCAAAUCGCAGCCACAGGGGCACAGGCAAAUGCGAAUCACAUCUUGCAACAUUACUUCUUGGAGACCAGAAGUCAAGCAAUGGUUUUCAGCUCAAGGGGAUGUUAUCUUGAUUCAGGAGCACCAUCUUUUGGAGUCCCAAGUUGUUGCUGAAAUCUCGUCUAUGGCUGCCAUGGGCUUCGACUCCUUCCUUUUGCCCGCAGCCCCUGGGGAAGGUCAGUAUACCAACCAAGGUUGUGGCUACGUGGCGGUGACGCUACGCACACAAGGGGCUGACUUGACAGUAGUUAGCCUGUACCUCCAGUCUUCCUCCGGCUUCGGGUCCCCGGUCAACUCUGACAUCCUUGCAUCUCUGCGCGCAAUUCGUCAAUCUGUGAGGGGCCCAAUCCUGAUAGGUGGAGACUGGAACUCGCCUUUGAAGGAUUUGUUGGACACUGCCAUUUUUCAAAGUUUGUCCCUUGAAUCAAUUGGGCCCAACAAAGCCACAUGUGGUGACAAUGAGCUUGAUUUUCUGGCUGUAUCACACUGCCUGGAAGGUUUGCUCCGGGUUGAUGCCUCCUGGGAUGUUCCUUUCAAGCCACAUGCAGCAAUCCAAGUUGCCCUUAAUGUGGGCGCUUUCCAGCUCACCCCUCCACAGCUUCCCUCCUUUGUGCUUUCCUUCAGGGAAGAACCGCUUGAUUACAUGCAGGUUGAGGAGACCCUC